UCUCGCGAGAAAUGAGGUCACAAGUGUGAAAGAUCAUGCCCUUAGGGGUUCUGUGACGUCUGUUCGGCAGUGCAGACGAUUUCUCAGAUUCAACAGAUUCCCUUCUUUACAGAGGUUGACUGUUGUCGGGUUCUGGUUUGCUACCAUAUAAGAUCAACGCAUCCUGACGUCACAAUCAUAGGCACCCUUUUUCGGCUCACCUUGGUCGUACCAUCAUGGCGGCAGCUACGAGGUUACUCUCGCUGAGCCGGUUUUCUUCCACUCAGACUUUGCAUUUGUCCUCAGGAUUUAUGCAAAGGCCAAGCCAGCUCUACUUCCAGAGAUAUCUGUCAAUGACAUCACCAAUGGCAGCAUGGAAGAACUUCACCUAUGAGGUGAAGAAUGAUGUGGCUGUCAUGCGGUUCAACAUGCCAGACAGCAAGGUGAACACACUGGACAGAACGGUACUCACAGAAGUGAAAGAACUGUUGGAAAAGUUGAGAUCAGAUGAGUCGGUGACGAGCGGCGUCCUAAUCUCAGGCAAGGCAGACUGCUUCAUCGCUGGAGCUGAUAUCAGAAUGAUUGCCAGCUGCAAGACAUCAGAAGAGGUUGAAGCCCUGGCCUCAGAUGGGCAGAAGGUGUUGCAGAGUUUAGAGGACAGUCCCAAGCCUGUGGUGGCUGCCAUCAUGGGGACAUGCAUGGGCGGUGGACUGGAGACUGCUCUAGCAUGCCAGUACCGUAUAGCUGUGAACGAUAAGAAGACAGCCCUGUCAUUACCAGAGGUGCAGCUGGGCCUGCUACCUGGAGCAGGAGGAACUCAGAGGCUACCCAGACUGAUACCAUUCAUGGAGGCCAUGCCCAUGAUCCUGACAGGCAAACAGGCGAAGGGCAAGAAGGCCAAGAGGCUUGGUCUGGUGGACAUGCUUGUUGAACCUCUAGGACCUGGUCUGAAGCCUCCUGAAGUGCGAACAUUAGAAUACCUGGAGGAUGUGGCCCUGGAUGUGGCCCGGGGUCUGGCAGCUGGGAAGGUCAGCACUGCCAGGAAGCAGAACCUGCAGUCCAGACUGGUGAACUGGGCCAUGCAGUAUGACUUUGUCAGGUCAAGACUCUUUGGCAUGGUCAAGGGACAGGUUAUGAAGCAGACCAAAGGAUUAUACCCUGCUCCCCUGAAGAUCAUUGAGGUAGUGAAGACAGGAAUAGAAAAAGGCAAAGAUGCUGGAUUUCUGGCUGAAGCUGAGACAUUUGGUCAACUGGCGAUGACCAACGAGUCAAAGGCUCUCAUUGGAUUAUUCAACGCUACGACUGAGGUGAAGAGGAACAAAUAUGGCAAACCAGCAAAGCCAAUUAAGACUGUAGCAGUAUUAGGAGCAGGGCUGAUGGGGGCUGGCAUCUCCCAGGUGUCAUUAGAGAAGGGUUACCAGGUCAUACUGAAGGACGUGACAUCAGAGAACCUGGGCAAGGGCCAGGACCACAUUUGGAAGGAGAUGAACCUCAAUGUGAAGAAGAAGAAGAUCACAACCUUUGAGCGAGACAUGCUGAUCUCUAACCUGAACGCUCAGACAGCAUAUGAGGGGUUUGACAAGGUGGACAUGGUCAUUGAGGCAGUGUUUGAGGACAUCAACAUCAAGCACAAGGUCAUCAAGGAACUAGAGCAGCACAUAUCUCCAGACUGCAUCUUUGCCAGCAACACAUCUGCCUUACCUAUCCACAGGAUCGCUGCUGGCAGCAAGAGACCAGAGUUGGUGAUUGGCAUGCAUUACUUCAGUCCUGUGGAGAAGAUGCCCCUGUUGGAGAUCAUCGCCACGGACAAGACGACGAAGGAGACGUGUGCGGCGGCCGUGGCGGUGGGCCUGAAGCAGGGGAAGUACCCCAUCGUGGUGAAGGACGGUCCCGGUUUCUACACCACCAGGGUCCUGGCACCCACACUGUCGGAGAUCAUCAGGCUCCUGCAGGAGGGAGAGGGGCCUCAGAAACUGGACCAGCUGACUACACGGGCUGGGUUUCCAGUGGGCACAGCGACGCUGCUGGAUGAGGUUGGCAUCGAUGUGGGGUCUCAUGUGGCAGAGGACCUGCAGAAGGAGUUUGGAGUCAGGUUUGGAGGCGGUGAUCCUGAGGUGCUGAGGACCAUGGUGAACCAAGGCUUCCUGGGUAGGAAAAGUGGGAAGGGCUGCUACGUGUACGACGGGGGCAAGGGCAAGAAGGGCCGUGAGCUGAACCCUGGUGCUGAGGCAAUCUUCAAGAGGUUCCGCAUCGAAUCCAAAGGACUCAACACUGACGAGGACAUCAAGAUGCGUCUGAUCACCCGAUUUGUGAACGAGUCGGUCCUGUGCCUACAGGAGGGCAUUCUGUCCAGCCCGGUUGAUGGUGAUUUGGGUGCAGUCAUGGGGCUAGGAUUCCCUCCACAGCAUGGAGGCCCAUUCAUGUACGUUGACCUGAUGGGAGCAGACAAGUUUGUUAGCUGGAUGAGGAAGUUUGAGGAGGCUUAUGGAGUGGCGUUCCAGCCAUGCCAGCUGUUGCUAGACCACGCCAAGGACCCCUCCAAAAAGUUCCACUCUGCCAAGUAGAGUCAUACUCACAGCUGCAGCGAUGACUCGUGCUACCAAUGCAAAUUAAAGAGAUGUCAAUCAUGUUCUGUUGUUUGAAAGAGGAGGGUUAGGGUGUUGAGUCAGAAACAUGAUUUAUAUACUGUAUAUUGAGACCUGUGUAGCUCAACUUUAGUCCAGUUGUAAACAGGUUUGCAGUUUGUGAAAGCUGGGGGGUAAAAUCUGGGAUACACUUAAAUUGGAGGAACUGAUAAUACUGUACUUUUGGUAAACUGGCAUAUGUUUGGUCUCCAACCACCUGUUGCUUCAUCACUGUUCAAUGGUGCAUUGGACUAAGAUGUUCAAAAAGUGCUAAAUUGAAGAAUGAUACGUUCAGUCCAUACAAAUUAAGCUCUGAAUGUUGUUCCGCUGAUGCUCACCCCUUGAAUGUCCUUGGAGACAAAUGUUGCCUACAGUGCGCUGAAGUUGUGACAGGAAACAUCAACACUAGCCUUACAGAACAGCACAGUAUGUUGAAGUGGUAGUGUACACCACAUACAUGUAUUUGUUUGUAAAGAAAUGCUGCGCUUUUCAUACAUUCAUAAACAGCGAUGUUAGUCAUCUUUAAUUUUGCUACACCUUACCCAAGACCUAGUCGUACAUGAAACAAUGUUAUUUAUACAGUAAGGGAAGAUGUGUUCUGUUGUAAGCCCCAAUGCUACACAAGCCCAAAGCCUGAAUGUAAGAAAUGAUUGGCUUUCUGUGAUGUGAAUUUCCUGUGACCAAACUGUUUGAGAAUGAGAUUAAUUGUGGUGAAUUAGAGGACCUGGCCUUAUACAUUGUAUUUGUGUUGAG